UGUACUUUAAUUUCAACAACACGACCUAUUCGUGAAUUAACCAAAGGAAUAUUAUGUUCCAUUUAGAAAGUUUGUGUCGAGGUUUAAAGCGAAAUAUUUGUUGGUAAAGACGACCUAAUGAGUCUUUCAGGUAAUCCAUAUUCAUCCGCUCUGAGUUCCUGCCUCACGCGCAGUGAAGGGAGCGGAACCCGGAUGGAACUGUCAUGGCUGCCGUCACCGACCUGCCAGUCUAAAGAGAAAAAAGAGGAACCUUUAUUCUAAAGCAUGGAGGUUGACCUGACAACAUCAGAUGAUCCCCCUGAAAGCCAUGACCUGAGCCAGGAUGAUGAUACCUCACUGGACCACACUUUGCCUCUUGAGUUGGCACAUCAGCUUCCAGAGACAGCCUCUUGUAAUGAACAUUGUGACCAAGAUGAAACCUCACAGGAGGAGUCAGCCACUGAUAAUCUUCACACAGACGGCAAAACUCCUGGAAAGACUCCAUGUAAGAUGCAACAGGGUGCAAUCUUCUCUGGAAAAAUACUGAGUUUUUGUUGUUCUGAAUGCAAAGACGACACCACUUACAGCCCUAAUGACUUGCUGAAACAUUUUCAAGGAACACACAAGGGGACUCUUCCAACUUAUCCUUGUGAUCUGUGCUUGUUUGUCACCAAUGAAUUCUCAUCUCUUCAGCGACAUCGCAUUGAACAUCGAAACACUUUGGUCACGUGUGAGAUUUGCAACGACGGGGUGCAAUAUUCACUUCUUUUGCUCACCAGGCACUUUACCAAUUGCCACAGCCGUAAUGGACAGUUUCUCUGUAAAAAGUGUGAGUUCUCUACCCGAGAUGCAGGGACCUUUGUUCAACACAUCCAUCAUCACAACGAACGUAAUCACAAAUGUGUGAAAUGUCCACAUGGUAGCCCCACACAAGGGGAGCAUCAGAGGCAUAACACAGUGCAUUCUGGGACUUUUCCUUUCUCUUGUCAGGUUUGUGGCUAUAGUGCAGCUCGCAGAGAUUAUCUGAACAAACAUCUUACUGUGGCACAUGGUGAAGAAGUGAACAAGUGGAGAACAAAUGAGGAUAAUUCCCCUGGACUGAAACGGUUGCUUAAAAAGUCUCCUCCGGUUGGGGGAUCCAGAGAAUCGCAGUGGAUGUCAAAACGUAACUCAAUCCCCAGUGUAGGUCUGCUUGAUAAUAAUGGCAGGUUGUUUAAUCCUGAAAAAACUUUGGAAGAGACCCAGCAUUUUCUGGAAAGAGCUGUUGGGGUUAAAAAAGAGAGUGUAAAAUGGACAAAGUCUCCCCUAAAAAGUGAGCCGCAAACUUUGCACCUCAUUCCAUCAACAACGCCACAACCAAAGUUACAAGAGCAUGAGAUUAGUCCAGGAGGUCCAGGACUUCUGAAUUCAACCAACAGCAAUGGACUGACUGUCCUUAUGGUGAAAAAUAAAAUUUCUAUUCCACCAAACUGCACCACUAAAGUCAUGGGCUUUAAGAUGGUAGAUGGCAAAAAACAUUUAGUUCUGAAGGUCAUACAGACAAAACAAGAGGACUCUACUGAAAAUGAGGUUUCUGAUUCACACAUUGGUGACGAUGAUGAUAAAAUAACCAGCAGCCCCUGCUCUUCAUCCUCACCGAGCAUAGGAUCUCUCCUCAGUUUAGAGUCUGGAGAAUCAAAUGAGAUGAAAGAAGAGUCACAGGAAAUUGUAAAUCACACUGGCAACCAUCUCCCCUCGACAGAGGAGCACAAAGUUAGCUUUGAGAGUUCAAAUAAAGCUAAAGCAGGACGGGUUAAUAAUGAGGAUACUGAAGUCUCACAUAGUGUUAAAGGACAGUGUACGGUAUUAAAAGAUGCUGCACUUUCCCUGUGUCAGAGCCAUCAAUCAAAUGGAAGAUCAUCGCCUCAUCUUCAUGAGGGAUCUUUUCUCUGUGCAAGUGAGAAAUGCUUCCCUGAUCAUAUCCAGACAGCCAGCACACUUCCUGUUUCAACUAAAGAGCUUUCCUCCACUGAUUUUGAGAGCACACUUUCAGAUUUGCAGAUGGCUCAAGUAGAUUCAUCUAAAUAUGAAGCUAAAGCGUUCGCUUUGAUUAUGGAUGCACCCUCAGGAUCACAGCCGUUUGCUGAUGAAACCACAUGUCCUGAUGCAGUUUCUGAUUUAGAGUCAAAACAUGAAAUGUCCACAAAAACUGAUAUUUUGAAAUCAAAACUUCGACCAAAAACAACUGUAGAUGCAACAUCUUUAGUAAUGUCAGAAGAAUCUCUUAUCCAGGAACCAUGUGAGAAUAACACUGAACCAAACUCCCCUAUUAAAUGUCCUGUCGAAAAGAGCAUCCUUGAUUUAGUGGCUAAAGAUUCUUGUUCUGACAAAGCUGAGAACUCACGCAAAAUGACUGACAUUAAGACAUCUACCACAGAAGCUGGAGAGAGUUUUCAGAUUUACCCAAACGUUCAUUCUGUUUCGAGUGAGACUCCAGCCUCAGAAAGUAUUGUUAUAAAAUCCUCUGAAGUAACUGAAAACAAAAUCACAGAAGUAACUAAAAACAAAAUCACAGAAGUAACUGAAAACAAAAUCACAGAAGCAAGCGCACAAAUUGAAACUGGUAAAAAUGCAUCAUCUGAAGCCAAAGAUAGUAACACAGAAGUUGAAAAUAACUGUCUCAAUUCCCCAAGUCAAGAGGUCUUUAGUUUCCACAAUUAUUCUAAAGACACUUCUGGUAGCUCUCCUGAUUCAUUGUUACCUGAGGAAGACUUACCACAGGGCCUGGAGGAAGAAGAGUGCGAGGAGGAUUUUGGUGAUUGGAGCUUAACUCUGCCAGCAUCACCUCCUCUUCCAAUUGAAGAAGAUAGCAAUGGAGGAGCUAAUGAAAGUGAUCUGGUCACUGAAAGUGGAGAGAAAGCAUUAGAGAGAGUGUCAGAUAGCGAUAUUGAGGUUGAUGAGUGCAUAGCUACUGUCGAUGAUUCACUCAUGCCUGUGCUUCCAGAAAAAGAAGCAGCAGCUUGUUCAUCAGCACCAGAGAAGAAACAAGAAGGUAUCACCUCUGCGAGCGAUAACACAGCAGUAAGUGUGAAUAGUGCAGCUGUUUUGGGCAAGAUACUCGAAAAGCACUCGGAUGCCAUAAUCAGCCAGCAGCUUGAGAAAGAAAGAAUGAGGUCUACAGCAACAGUACAAGAAACUGUUAGGCCAACCAAAACCACACUUCGGAUCUUGCAGACACCUGAAGGAAAACAGCAGAUGUUCCUUCAAACUACAGACACUCCAUAUGCUGUGCCAGUUCAGUUGAAAAGUGGAGCUGGGUUCAAGCUAAUUACUAAGUCAUGUUCUCCCAAAAUUAAUGUGUCUUAUGUAAAACCCGGGAUUGAGAUGGCCAGCAAGGCUACGGGAGUAGCUCUCACCUUAAACGGAGGCAGAAUUGGCAUGUCUGCACAAAGUUCAAAUCUUGAAACUAAAGGUCAAGCGUCUGCCCAGAUGACACCAAGUGGCAGUGGAAACCGCUACUUUGUCAAUGCUUCUGCUCUUAAAACAUCUCUUCUCUUAUCAGGUGCUGUCAAGUCUUCAUCCGGAGAACAGGCGACCAAUGUGCCACAGACUUGUUAUUUGGUUCAGAGACCACUCUCUGUUACCCCGGGUAGUAGCGAGUCAAGUGGUUCAGGUUCUAAGACUGUGCUUGCAACUCGUCCUGUAUUGGCCAUGCCUGUGAAUGCUGCAGAUAAAACCAAUCCCUUGCAGGCUGGGAGACAAGCUUACUUGGUUAGAUACAUUUCUCCUGCAAAGUCAGGUAUACUUUUGAACAAUUCAGAUGGAAAAACUUUAAACCAGGGCAACCAAGCAAACGAGACUGGUAAAAACAGGGUUUUCCUUAAGAUAGUUCGAGGUCCCAACGGCACUAGAUUUCUCUCCACUGCUCCAUACACCACAGCCAAAAAGUCAGUAUACCUUGCCACAAGCUCUCUACAGUCCCCUUGUUUGUUAAUGUCCUCAAAUAAAUCUUUAAACAGUAUGUCGACAGGAUUUAAAACCUCUACUAAUUCACAAGGUCUUGUUCAUAAACUCAUCCCCGCAUCCCAGCUUAAACAUAUUCUACCCCAGUCCAAUGUACAAAUCAGAAGCAGGGCUGAUCACGAUGUAGCAUUACAGAAGUCGCCACUUGUUCCCAGUUCCAUCCGUCCACGAAGCCAAAGGAAACGGAGGCGGAGGUCUUUGUUUGAGGAAAUGCUGGAGAGUUCCUCCAAAAUGAGGAGAAUGUCCAGCAAGUCGUCUUUUGAGAAAGACGCUACCUCAGUUUGGGAGCCUGUUGCAAAAGAUGUCGUGAGAACGCUGAGGCUCUGUCCCUUUAGUCCACUUCAAGAAAUCAAAUGUCCCCGGCGAAACCAACCUGUGGUUGUGCUGAACCAUCCGGAUGCAGACAUUCCUGAGGUUGCUAGCAUCAUGAGGUCAGUGAACAAAUACAAAGGUGAAGUUCUCAAGGUGGCACUGUCCCAAAAUACAGUUAAAGCCCUGUUGGAGUCUCCCAGAACACUUUCAAAGCUGAAUGCUUCCAAUGGCAGUGGAGGUGAAAGAUCAAGGAAAGUAGGGGGUGCUGUUCAAGAGAGAUUUAUACUGAAACUGAAGUUAAAAAAGACUAGCAGAAAUAAAUAUGAGGUGGUGAAGUCCUCAUCAGCUGGUUCGGAGCAACAGUCAACAUUUUGUUGCUGGUUUUGCGGCAGAGUUUUCAACAACCAGGAGGACUGGAUUGGCCAUGGUCAACGACAUCUAAUGGAGGCAACAAGAGACUGGAAUAAGCUGUUCUAAUGCAACUACAGAGCCCCUGGAUUGGGCCAAAUGCCAUCCUUCAUUGUAGAAAAAAAGUGUUUUUUUGUUUUUUUGUUUUGUAAAAUUUUCAUUUUUUUGAAAGUUGUUAGUACAGUAAGAUGCAGUUAACCUGUUGAUAUUAUUUUUCCAUAGAAUUUUCUUCAGAAGCUUUUAAAGGGUAUAGUGUAAUAGAGAAGAGUUUGGUACCUGAAACAAGUUUUAUGUAAAUAAUUUUCCCCCCUUGUAUAUUUAAAUCAAAACCCUUAAGUAUGUAUAGAACGGAACUGUGAAAACUGGACACACUGUAUGUUUAUGGUGCAAGCAGAAAGAUCACUGGUAUAAGAUGGUGCUGUCUCUUAUAGACCUCUUUUAAUGCAGACAAUUGAAAAGAAUUCUCAGGUAAUUCCGUAAUUUUUGAAUGAAUGAGUGAAUGGUCCAGUUUAUAAAGAAGUUUGUAGAUUUUUAUGUACCAUUUAAGUACAGUUUAAGUUGGCUACAUUGUCAUACCUACAUCACUGAUCCAAUUUUAAUUUCCAAUUAAUGUCCUUGGGGGCUUAGAUAUUUUGAAAAUGUUCAGAAAUCGAAUUUGAUAUGCAAAUUUUAAAGGGAUAGUUCAGAAAUAAAAAUUGUAAAUUUCUCAUGUCAUUCCAAACCUGCACAACUUUUUUUUUACGUAUUAUCCAUGCAAUUAAAGUCAGUGUGAAGUCACUGAAUUUCAUUCUGUGGAAUUUUUUUUUAAUAUCUUCAUAAAGGUUUGAUGUAACACGAGACUAAUUGAUUUUAAAUUUUAAAUUUAGUUUUAAAUUUAAGGGUGAACUAUCUCUUUAAAUAUUACUUAGGAAUUGUGACGCACAUGAUAUUGCCUAAAAUACAUGCCCAACUGGUUCCUGUGGUAACCAUCCUGUUAAAAUGUGUACUUUGAGGUGGUUUGCCAUUAACACGCAGUAUUUGUUCUCAUGUUGUUUUUUUGGGUCAGUUUCAUGUUUCUCUUGUAUCAUGCAUCUCCCUUCAUUAUGUCAGUUCAGACCCGGUGUCAUUUCAGUAGCAAUAAUGGACUUUAUAAUACUGUACUUGGAAUUUUUCUCUGUAAAGAUAUUCUGAACCUACAUCUGUCAGUUAUGGCUUUGGUGCUCUUUGUUGUCCUUUUCCUUAUUUGAAAUGAAGUAACGCACCUGCAAAUGUACUAUUAUGCUUUACUAAAAAAAAGAUAAAAUAGGAUGUAUUAAGAUGCAAGCCAACAAACCUCAAAUAGCCAACCAAACACUAACUGUAUUUUCCUUUUCUGUGAUACUUGAGUGCCUCAUUCUGCCUCAAAGUUUUAACAAGAGGGUCUGUUUUUCCAUGGUAAAGUCCAGAUUUGUAUGAUUCUUGUGUGCUUAGCAGAGUUCAAAGAGUGAACACUGUGACCAUUUAUCCUUGCAACAUUGAUUUUAGUUGUUUUAACUGAUAUAUAAACCACAAAAUUAGCAGUUGAGGCUUCCUUUAAAAAAAUAAAUUUUCCAGACACUAUGUUCCUAUUGAUAGCCCUAAUAUCAAGUCUUUUCAAUAUGCAUCUAUGUUCCAUGUAAACAAUUGGCUGACAGUUUAAAACAUACCAAAACACAGCUGGAAUGGACAUUUGAGAUAUAACAUUCAGUAUAUCCUUCGCAUUAAAAGCACUAUUGUUUUCGAUGUCAACACUUUCCAGAGCUAAUUGUGUACUCAAUGGUGCUUUUAAAUCUUUGGGAGUUUGCUAAUUAUUUUUAGGUAUAAUUUCCUGUUAAAUAUAGAUAAACACCCCACAAGUGCUCCAGUCUGUCACAUUUAUUUCUCCCUGAGAGAUCUCUGUAAUUGUCAAGACAGAUGUCUUCAUUUGUCUGUGUCCAUUAAUUAGUCUUUGUCCAUUGUGCUUGAAAAAAAGCUUUGAUGGCAGAGAGGUAAUAAUCCAUCCUUGAUUUAAAUAGCUAGUAUUCAGUGUUUUAUAGUUGUCUGAAUAAAUCUGUGGAUUUUCUUUACUUUCUCAUGUUCAGUCGGUUAACUUUGUUUCUAACUUGCGAGAACUAUGUUGUUGGCCUAUGAAGUUUUAUUUUCAAUAUUCACUCUUUGUGACACGACAAUCACUGUUAUACAUGUGAAGCAGUGGAACUGUUUAUGCAAACCAUAACAGUUGACUAAUAUUCAAGCUCAAAUGGCCCGGUUUGAAACGAGUAUGUCACGCCAUGAAUGAGCAAAAAUCUAGUCCUCACUCAGACACCUGUCAACCAAAUAAUGUUUAUCCUCAAGCAAAAACGUCCUUCUUUCUUGUAAUGCCCAUGUCACACAGGUUUUAUUGGGAUCUGAGAGACAAGUUUAUUUUUUUAUGCUAAGUGCCUAAAAUGUGAUGCACCAGGUUGACACUAUAUUGUACUGUAUUUACCUCCUUGCAGUUCCUUCUUUAAUAAAUGUAAAUACCUUUGAA